GUCUUGCGCCACCAGCCCCAGAGCCAGCGCACCCCGCGGCACCACGGCAGUCAGUGUUUGGCCAGCACCUCGUCUUGUUCGCCAUGCCGGACAACAAGACGGUGAACGUGUCCAAGGGCGUGGCGCGCGGCCACAUCCUGUGCUGCUGUGCCGUCGUGUUCGUCUGCUUCAUGCUGACCUGCCUGAACCUCUACAUGAUGUCCAGCACACGCUCCGUACUCCGGCACCUGGACGCGCGACUCGAAGGCCACCCCCGCAACCUCCAGCGGCAGCAGCAGCAGCAGCUGCCCGACGAGGCGGCCGCGGCCACCGCCGCCGCCCUGCUGCAGCGCGGACUGGAGCAGCAGCUGGAGCAGCAGCUGGAGCAGCAGCUGGGGCAGCAGCUAGGGCUGCAGCUGCAGCCGCAGACAGAAGACGACUUCAUCCUCCUGGCGCCCGGUGACCUAGACAACGCGUGGACGACGCAGACGGGACGCCUACUCGUGCCCAGGGGCCAGCCCGACCAGGAUGACGACGGCUGGAAGCAGAUGCAGGUGCAGCUCGCGGAGCAGACGAGCGCGCAGCAGCGCCACAUCGAGAGCCUCCACGACAAGCUGGCGGACCACAUGCGCGCGCGCGAGGAGCUGCAGCGCGACCAGCAGAACAUGAUGCGCGAGCAGCACGAGAUGUCCCGCGACCACCUGCGCGAGCUCGCCAAGCAGGACCGCAAGCUCCUCAAGGAGAAGCAGCGCGUCAUCAAGCAGGACGCCAAGCACCAGGACGAGCUGCGUCGUGUAAAGUCGCAAGUGGAGGAGCUCAAGAAGGUGGUGGAAGCUGUCAAGACCCUGGACCCCGCGCAGCAGCAAGGCGCUCAGACUCUCCUGACUGACGCGGCCGCCCCCAAGCUGGACGUCGCCCUUGUGGCGCAGAACGAGCGUGCGGAGGAGCCCGCCCAGCCCACGGCCCAGCCGACGACGGAGGCCGCCGCGGCCACCCCCGAGGACGACGCGAGCAAGCCCCACCCGCUGGACCACAUCUUCAGCGCCGUGUUCGACCCGAACUCCUUCUUCUUCCCCAGCUACCCGGUGGGCGCGACCAAGGCCGAGGCCGACCGCACCCCGCGUACCCGCCGCGACCUCAAGCGCCUCCAGGAGCGAUACGAGCGGCGGCGGGAGCGGCUCGUGUCCCGGCUGGGCAACCGCCGCCGCCGCCACAACUCCGAGAGCGGGCCACUGAUGAGGAUCGACGACGGGCAGCUUGUGCCGCUGUCCAAGACCCCCGUCGUCGCCGGGGAAGCCGAGAGCAGCGGCGCGCGGCUGAGGCGUUUGGCGAGGCACGGCUAGGUUCACACCGCAAGUAUUAGGAGUGAUAAAGCCAAGACGCCAAAAGCACCCGUCGGCAAAGAAAACAACUCCUGACCAUUGACUGACGGACGUGUUGGGGAGGGAAACGAGACUAAAACAUCACGGACGGACUUUAACUGAAGUAGCGUAGCUACAGACAAUCAUUUAAAUUUAACAACAACUGUGACUUAAUAUAGACCAACCGUGGACGACGCAACUUGUUGAAAACAGCACUGUUAAAACCUGAAUUUCAGAGACUGCAGAGACGAAUCGACCAUUCUUAGACUAACGUAUGGAAAGACAGACUGAAUAACUGACAGACGGGCGGACCUCUUAUCUUACUGACCGACUAGUUUACCGACCGAAUACUUGACCGACUGAGUACUUGACUGAGUACGUGACUGAGUACUCUUGACUGACUACAUGACGCUUGACGGACUACUUGGCUGACUGGCGCCUUGACUAACAAACUGACUGACUACUUGACUGACUGACUAUUUGACUGACUGACUACUUGACUGACUGACUAAUUCACUGACGGACUACUUGACUGACUGACUACUUGACUGUUUGACUGACUGACUGACUGACUGACUGACUGACUGACUGACUGAUUGACUGACUGACUGACUGACUGAUGGCUGAACGUCUGGCUGAACAACAUUGGGACCGAGUACGUGUGUUUAUACUUAACUAAAACGUAGACGACUAUUUAUAAAAUAAAAAUUUUCUGUUGCUUUUAGGGCUACAAUAAAAACCUUACCUAUAAAAA